GCAUCCACUGGGAGCGACCAUGAGGACCUCAAAGCCGUGGUGGAGGAGGUUGAGAUCAGUGGCAAUCCUAAUGGAACGUAUGCAGCCAUAAUGUCGAAGCACAAGAUUAGUGCUUGGGGGUAUGGCCAUCUACGACUCUACCUGCUCUGCGGAAUCUGCUUCUUGAAUUCCACAAUGAGUGGCUUCGACAGCUCUCUCAUGGGCUCUAUCAACACUCUACCCAACUACACGAACUACUACGGUCUCCCCUCAAAUGGCACUGCUAGCACUGGGAUCGUUUUUGCAAUCUUCUCCGUCGGUCAGAUGUGUGCAGCACUCUUUGUUUGGGUCGCAGAUUGGCAAGGCCGCAAACGCUUCAUCUUCAUCGGAACCAUCGGCGUCAUCGUGGGAACCUGUAUCACUGCGACUGCAAAGAACCUUCCGACUUUCAUUGGUGGCCGGUUCUUGCUCUCUUUCUUUGCCACAUGUGCUUGCUCAGCGAGUCCGCUGUACUUGGUUGAAGUCGCCCCAGCGCAAUACAGAGGGACAUUAGCUGGGCUUUAUAACACCUUCUACUUUAUCGGCUCAAUUCUCGCAACCUCCUCCGUAUACGGGGCACAUAAGCACCUGUCCCACAAUGGCAAUUUGGACUGGAGACUUCCGCUUUGGCUUCAAAUGGCGUGCCCAGGCCUGGUAUCAAUCGCAAUCUUGUUCUUCCCCGAGUCUCCGCGAUGGCUUGUAGCAAAAGACCGACACGAAGAAGCAAGAGCUUUCCUAGUAAAAUACCACGCCAACGGCGACCCAGAUCACCCAAUCGUAAAGCUUGAGAUGCAAGAGAUGAUUGAGUCCCUGCGAGACGACGGCGUCACGGAGUGGAAGAAUUUCUUCGACCUCCGCGUCCUCUUCAAGACUCCCGCCCGGAGAUACCGGACCAUGCUCAAUCUUACCUUCGCCUGGUUUGGGCAGUUCUCAGGGAACAACGUCAUUUCAUACUACCUUCCCUACCUGAUCGCCAACGUCGGCAUCCACGACACCGACACGAAGCUCCUCAUGAACAUCAUCUACGCUCUCGUUGGCUGGAUCUUCUCGACUGCCGGCACCCGCUUCCACGACAUCAUCGGCCGGCGUAAGAUGUUGCUUGGGAGCUGCGCUGGUAUGAUCAUUGCUCUCGCUAUCACGGCUGGAACAGCUGCUGGAUAUGUCAAAACGGGUAGCGACGCAUCUUCCUCUGCCUCGAUUGCAUUCAUCUACAUCUUCGGAGCUGUCUUUGCGUGGGCUUGGACGUCAAUGCAGCCGAUUUAUCCCGCCGAGGUGAUGAGCAACGAUAUGCGUGCGAAGGGGAUGGGGACGUACAAGCUCAUGGGCGGUGCCGCUGGCUUCCUGAAUACUUUCGUCGCGCCGAUUGCGUUGUCGAAUAUCGGAUACUGGUUUUACGUCUUCUUCGUGUUCUGGGACCUCUUCGAGUUCGCCUUCAUGUACUUCUUCUUCGUCGAAACGAAAGGGCUUACGCUUGAGGAGAUGGAUGAUAUAUUUGAAUCCAAGAACCCGCGGAAAGCGAGCACGGCGGUUAAGAAGAUGAAGUAUACGUCGUUUAUCGGGGCUGACGGGACGAAGAGGGAGGAGGUGAUAGAGGUUGCGUGAGGUCGCUGUUUGGUUCCUGGAGCAAGUUGGCUCCUGCGUACAUAACACAUUCCCGCGGACCCAAUACGUAUGGGCCUAGCUUAAAUAUGAGAGAAGAUUCGUACA